AUGAACAGAAAGGUAGGGGAGAAGUACAAUACAGAAGAUUAUUCUUCAAGAGAUUUUUUGCUUGUACUUGAAAAUGUGUGGAAUGAAGAUAGAACCGAAUGGGAUAUGCUAUGGGCUCCAUUGAAACUCGGGGCAUAGGAUAGAAAAAUCCUAGUAACAACUCGUUCCAAACAAGUGUCGAAUUUAAUUGGUAAGUUGGAAAGAUAUCCAAAGCUGGAGUUAAUCGGCAAGCCGAUUUCGGACAGGCUAAAGGGGUCGCCUUUAGCUGCAAAGACUCUUGGAGGCCUUUUUAAUUUGAGUUCGAAUACCAAAUAUUGGGUGAGUGUUGAAAGCAAAAUGUGGGAGUUAAAACAAGGUGAAAAUGACAUUCUCACAAUUUUAAACUUAAAUUACCGGUAUCUUCCUUCAUGCGUGAAGCAAUGUUUUGAAUAUUGUUCUUUAUUUCCCAAAGAUUACCGUUUCAGUAAUACAAGCUUAAUCCAGAUGUGGAUGGCGCAAGGUCUGUUAGACCUGAAAAAGAGAACAUCUUACAUGAGAAUGGAGGAUUUAGGGAAUUAAUACUUUAAUGAUUUGCUUUCAGUGUCCUUUCAGA